AUUUUGUGUUUUUUACGUGCUGAGUAAAUUUUUUCACGGAACUCGAUCAUAUUUUCGUGAUAAUUAAUCAUCAAUAUCAAUCUUUCAUCUUCAAUAAUUUACAGUUAAAUGUUCUUAAUUACGAAAUGUGUACCUAGUUCGCGUAUCUGUCUCAUUACAAUGUUCAAUUUGUUUCCUAUAUGACUGGAAUAGACCUACAGAAAGAAGUUAAUCACAUCUACAUGCAGCCAAAAUGCCUGGCAUAGAAAUUGGUAACGGUUCAGAUGAAAUGGAGAGUAUUCCUAUCACCGAUAUCGCCGAAUUAUUAUUACAACAAUAUGUGAUUAUAUCCGGAGGUAAAACCGAAGAACGAUGUCCUAUAGUUACGUUUCCCGAUAAUGGGUUAUUUCGAACGCUGUCAGAUUCUGAUUAUAGACGAUUAAUUUCCUACAUCACAGCUGUGCCUUCGUUACACGAAGCGGAUAAUGGGUUCGUUUUAAUCGUCGAUAGACGAAAUGAUAAAUGGACUUCUGUGAAACACAUUUUGUUCAAAUUUACGGAGUUUUUUCCCGGCCUGAUUCAUCUGGUUUACGUGAUUCGACCUAGUAGUUUUUUCCAGAAGGCGGUUUCUGAAAUUAGUAAUACAUUUUUCAAAGAAGACUUCAAAUUUAAAGUAGUGGUAUGUGAUAAUGUCGAAGAGUUGCACCAGUUCAUCGAUAAAUCAGAACUAAGUUCCCAUUUAAAUGGAAAUCUGCCAUAUUUUCACGAAGAUUGGAUACAGCAGCGAAUUGCAUUGGAACAGUUCUCGUUGCAAAUGAGAUCAAUUUCACAACUUCUAGACGAUUUCACCCAGUUUGUCCGCAACUGCUCGAGCGAAUUACCUGAUAACAUAGACGACGCUGUGAAUCAAUUAGCGGAUCAUACAGCUAAAUACGAUGCGUUAAAAGAGAGUAUACAGAGCUCGUCUAAAAAAGGAGAGGAUUUAUUGAACGAUAUGAAACAGGGAAACCCGUCCUCGCAACUACCUCCAUCAGCCAUCAACAAUAUUUCCGCCGUUGAAAGAUUAUUGGUUCAGUUGGAUGAAACUGAGAAGAUUUUUGAUGAAUUUUGGGAUCAUCAUGCUAGUCAAUUGAAACAGUGUUUGGAGUUGAGGACGUUCGAGAAAGAUUUCGAGAAGAUUAAAGAAAAACUCGUAGAAUACUUGAAAAUAGCCUCGGAAAUGAACGAAACCGGCGAAUCGGUCGAGCAUGUGGAUACUCUUAUCGAAGAACUAAACAAAUUCCAUACAUUGUGCCAGGCUGAAAUCGAUAGAAGUGAAGAGUUAAUGCAGAGAGGUGAUCAGAUGCUAGACAGUCAAAGAUACAUUGACGUUGAUAGCAUCGAACCGAAAUGCGAAGAAUUAAGAAUUAUUAAUCAAUCGCUGGCUGAAAAGUUAUUACAAAGGAUUGAUAUAUUGAAGAAAGCUAGAAUGUUUCAGAUUAGAAUUAAAAAGGCAAACAAAUGGUGCUCUCAAGGCAUCGAAAUGCUCGGCUCACAAAACAUCGAGAAAUACUCCAUGUUUCCGGAGAAAGUGGAGAACGUGUUGACAGAAAUGGAGCAGUUUGUCGCCAGCGCCGAUAAAUUCAACGUAUCUGGAUCCGAUGAUCUCUACACAUUAUUUCAAGAUAGUAUUAAUCCAGAAACAAAAGCCCUUGUGGCUCAAGUUUUACAAAGAAUAGAAGACGUGACGGUCAUGUGCGAAAAAAGAAUCACAAAUUUUCGAAGAUUGAUCGUGAAACCGAAUCGUCCCGUGCAGACCGUCUCGCCUGAAAUUUCCGUCAUUAAUACCCAAGAAGAAGUUAACGUCAACGAGAAAGAAAAUGCCAACUGUUUCAGUAAUGGUGUCACCGAAAAAUCUGGAGAUUUGAAAAAUGGUUUCAGUCACGAUGAAAUUAUCGAGCUGAUACAAGCCCAUUCGAAACAACAUCAUAUUUUGAAAGAAUUGCUGGAUACUGAACGAGUUUACGUCUCAGAGAUCAAAACCAUCCUCAGAGGCUACAAAGAUAUGCUGACAGACGUGCAAAUGAAAUCGAUAGUUCCUAACGAGUUCGUUGGCAAAGAAGACACACUAUUCUGCAAUUUAGAAGAGUUACAUCAAUUUCACGGUGAUAAAUUUCUACCCGAGUUAAGUUCCUUUAUUUUAGAUGUUGGUAAAGUUGCUAACCUAUUCGUGGAUCAGCAAGAUGAGUUCCUUCGUUUGUACAGUUUCUAUUGUCAAAAUAAAAUAAAGUCUGAUAAGUUACGCGAAAAAGUUGGCGAAAGAAACGAAUUCUUUUUAGGCUGUCAGCUCAAAUUAGGCCACAAGUUACCAUUAGCUGCAUACAUGCUGAAACCAGUUCAACGAAUUACUAAAUACCAGUUAUUAUUAAAGGAUUUGAUAAACAACGUGGAUGACGAUAAACACAUCAAAGAACUACAACAAGCUGUCGAUUGUAUGUUAUUAGUGCUGAAAUGCGUUAAUGAUCGAAUGCAUCAGAUUUCAAUCACCGGAUUUAAAGGAGAUAUUUGCGAACAAGGAGAAAUGCUGCUGCAAGCACCCUUCAACGUUUGGGUCGAGAAUAAAAAAGAUCUACUGAAGGAGUUAAGAUUGAAACCUUUAAGAAGACAUAUAUUUUUAUAUCGCAAAGCGAUGCUGUUUUGUAAAAAAUCCUCCGUUCUGGGUAAAGGAGAAUAUCAGUUUAAAGGCAUUCUAAAAAUGUCGAAAAUAGGUCUAACAGAAAUGGUCAAAGGUGAUUCGAAAAAAUUCGAGGUUUGGUUAGAAGGCCGACAAGAAAUUUACACCAUACAGGCCAGUACCGUUGAACAAAAGGAUACCUGGGUUAGAGAAAUUAAAAAAGUCUUGUUCGAGCAACUCACCGAAUUAAAAGGCGAAAAGUUGAAACAAUAUGCAGAAAAAUGGCCAUACAGAACGUUCUCUCUGGAUAACGCUCAACCUCCGUCAUCUGGCUCCAGUAGCCGUGGAACUAGUCGUCCUAAUAGUCAUCACGAAAUCAGCGAUGAUUCUUCAUCGGAGCUGAGUAAUUCCGACGAUGAAGAUCCCAUUUCUAAUUAUUUCGUGAAUCAUAGUAAAUUCGUAGCUUUAGCAGAUUAUUGCGCAUCUGGUCAAAACGAGGUAUCGCUGAAGGAAGGCGAUAAAGUGGAACUGUUGAGAUCCGGUAGCGUCGGAUGGUUAUACGUCAAAGUCCACAAUUCCAACUCCGAAGGCUGGGUACCUCGAUCAUAUCUAGAAGCUACCAAAGAUAACCGGAAAGCUGUCCGUCAUAGCGUUGCUUCCAGCAGUAGUCAACAAUCAUUCGGGUCGCAGAAUUCAGCAGAUGUUAAUGAAUAGUAAUUUCAUUUUUAUAAGUCAAUCGUGAAUUCAAUCAACCCAGUACCUACCUACCUACUAAAGAACUGUAAACGUCGUGUAAGGAUGUACGUCGACAUGAAGAAUAAGAAUACGAAGUUUUUAACGUUCAAUAAUAAUUAUAGUUUCGUGACAUUGUUAGGGAGGUUUUUCGAAACGUCGUGUUCCGCUGUAGAGCUUGAAUCUUGCAAUUCUUUUCCUAAUUAGCAAGAGUUUUUUAAAAAACUUACCCACUAAUUCGACUAUAUAUCUUAGUUUUUGCCCCCCUCUGUUGUUCAUAUCCCAUCCCCUUCCCUCCUCUCCGAUCCAUUUUAUUCUUAUAUAUUGAACUUCGUAUUCUUGUUUUUGUACUAUUUUUUUAAAUGUGUUACUGUUAUUCGCAUUUGUAGAGUAUAUAUUAUUAUUUAUUUAUUUUCUAGUCUUUUUAAUGCAUGUGUGUCAUGAUUUAAUUAUAGCGCAUUAUUUUCAUUAGUAUGCUAAGAUUAUUCAUGUGUUUGUCGAGAGAAGGAUGUUUGUGUGAUAAAAAUUUCGUAAGCUAGAAACGAUCGGUUAUUGAAUAAUUUUUUUUUACCCUUUUAUCAAUGUGUGGAAGUGAAAAGAAGUAUUAUGAUUUCUUUAUCGUUUACUAAUCGUUUCAUUUUUUACUUUGUAAGUCAUCCUCUGUUUUAUUUUUAUUUCAUUUUUUUUUCAAAUUUAAUUGGCUGUUUUUUGUUAAGUCCUUUACAAGUACUUUUGUACAUUGUUAUCUUAUUAAUAUUGUUAUUUUAGAAGCCGUCGGUCGGUCGCGUUCGCGUUACAUCCUAAUUUCGAUUAUACCAUUUUUAUACGUGCAACGAUUUUCGAAAAAAGCUUCGAACGUGGUUUCUGAUUUACUCUAUUAACAACUUUGUAAGUUGUAAGUUUUUUUUUGAUGGGAAUGUGUUUGUGUUCUUGAAUGAAAGUUUUUCUGCAACAAUGACGAAGUUAUCGGAUUUAUAUGUUUGAAUUUUAUUGUGUGGGUAUUUUUUUUUCUGCCUCUGGUCAAGAUGAACUUGUGUACUUAUCCAAAAGUAUUCUCAUUUAUAGGUUCGAUCGUGUAUCCCCAGUAAAUCUGGUUUAAUGUUUUAUUUCGCUGUAAGAGAGGGCUUCCAGAUUUCGUGUACUAGUCAUUUUGAAAGUAUUUAUCAACGUUUUUGUUUUUCCCAUUUUAUUUUAUUUUCUUUCUUUCUCCUUCUUCUUUUUAUUUUACAGUCGUACUUGUUUCCCUCCCGAAGCAUUUAAUUUAGAAGCAGUGCUUUCAUAUAACUCUGUAAUGUCGAUGUCAUUAAUUUUAUUUUCAUUAUUGAAUAUAAUAUUUAUGAGAAUUUUA